UCUCGUGAGGCAGGCCAGUCAGAUUCCGCGGGAGGGCGGCAGAGAUACCGCGAUAUUUGGGAGCGGCCCCGAGACGCGCCUGGCGCGGAUCCUAAAUCCCAACAGCUUUAUGGAUCCCAGGCCUGGCAGGCUCCCAGAACUUGAAGCCACCAGACCCCACAUGGAACCAAAGGCCUCCUGUCCAGCUGCUGCACCCUUGAUGGAGAGAAAAUUCCAUGUUCUUGUGGGUGUCACGGGGAGUGUCGCAGCCCUGAAGUUGCCUCUUCUGGUGUCAAAGCUUUUGGACAUUCCUGGGCUGGAAGUAGCAGUGGUCACAACUGAGAGAGCCAAACAUUUCUACAGCCCCCAGGACAUUCCUGUCACCCUCUACAGCGACGCUGAUGAAUGGGAGAUGUGGAAGAGCCGCUGUGACCCAGUUCUGCACAUUGACCUGCGGAGGUGGGCAGACCUCUUGCUGGUGGCUCCUCUUGAUGCCAACACUCUGGGGAAGGUGGCCAGUGGCAUCUGUGACAACUUGCUUACCUGCGUCAUCCGGGCCUGGGACCGCAGCAAGCCCCUGCUCUUCUGCCCGGCCAUGAACACCGCCAUGUGGGAGCACCCGAUCACAGUGCAGCAGGUAGACCAGCUCAAGGUCUUUGGCUAUGUCGAGAUCCCCUGUGUGGCCAAGAAGCUGGUGUGUGGAGAUGAAGAGGGACAAAGAUGAUGGGGCUCUGAAGCCACCAGAGAGAACAACGAUGGCCCAACUCGAGAAGGGAGUAUCCCAAGAGCAAGCCACGCCUGAGAGGUGAGCCUGGUCACCACCCCGCUGCUCUGGAUCUGCAGCAGAGCAAGCCCUACCCUGCCCUGCUUGUUCGAGGUGGCUGGGACACACACACACCACGCACGCAAGUGCCCUGUAAAGGAGACUCCUGUCCUGAGCACCUCAUGCUGGGCCCUUGCACGUGCGACUAUAUCACAUCCGUCAUCCCGUGAGGUGGGUACUGUCACCAUCUCCAUUUUACCAGUGAGUAGACUGAGGUUCCGAGACAUGAAGUCACUACAGGUGCACGCUGGUAAGCGGCCGUGCUGCAACGUAGGCCCAGAUUUCUUUUUAUUUUUUUUAUGAGACAGAGUCUCACUCUGUCGCCCAGGCUGGAGUGCAAUGGCGUGAUCUCAGCUUACUGCAACCUCCGCCUCCUGGGUUCACGCCAUUCUCCUGCCUCAGCCUCCCGAGUAGCUGGGACUACAGGCGCCCACCACCACGCCCGGCUAAUUCUUUGUAUUUUUAGUAGAGACGGGAUUUCACCAUGUUAGCCAGGAUGGUCUUGAUCUCCUGACCUCGUGAUCCGCCCGCCUCGGCCUUCCAAAGUGCUGGGAUUACAGGCGUGAGCUGCCGUGCCCGGCCCCAAAGCACACACUCUUGAUUGACGCUGCAUCCUCUCGCUCAGCCUGGGGAGGAUGGAGUGGUGUGGCAGUCAAGGGCUUUGCAUAACCAGAUCAACAAGGAUGCCUCAUUUACAGGUCCACUCAGUCCAUCUUUACUGUAUGUACAUGUGCUCUGUGCUAGGCACUGUGCCCAGUGCUGGGGACACAGUGGGGAAAAGAAUCCACAUGCUCCCUGCCCUCAGGGGCCUUUCUGAGAUAGCUGCCCACAGGUAAGGAAGAGUAGACACCCCAAUAAGCACCAUGGAGGAAAAGUACGGGGUACUGAGAGGGGAUAACCUUGGAGCCUAAUUUAGGCAAGGGCAGGGGUUUUCAGGAAAGCCUUCCUGGAGGAGGUGAGUGGAAGUAAGAUGAGUGACCAGGAGUUAGCCAGGGGAAGAUGAACCAGAGCAUUUCAGACCCAGGCUAUUACAUGUGCAAACGUGGGAAGGGGAAGAGCUGGCUGGGGCACAUAAAAGUUUUGAGUGGGGCAGAGUGCAGUGGAUGAAGGAGGGCAGAUUGGGUAGGGGCCCAAUGAGGCAGGGACUGGGUGGGGAUCAUGGAGAGGCUCUGGGAAGCCAAGGUGGUACUUGGGAAUCAAGAACUCCCUCUUUUUCCCAUCAGCUAAAUGAUAACCACACGCUGCAUGUAGCCUCCUUAGCUAAUAGCUUGGGCUGCAUUAAUAGUGGUAUAGCAUGCAGGUCAAAGGAGGUGAUUUUUCCUCCUUCUGGCUUAGACUGCAUCUGAAGGAUUGUGGUCCCUUUGGGGCCCCUGCUGCCCAACAUCUGCAGGAGAAGAGCCAGCAUGAUGAAGGCUUUGCAAAAGCCAGGCUGGAUGAGCAGGGAAGAGCAGCCUCAGGGGACAAGAGUCUAUCCUAGAACUCUGAGAAAUGACCUGGAGGCAAAGUUCAGCCCCAGAGAAGGAAAAUGUUCUGGCACCUAGAGCUUAUGGAAAUGGAGGGAGUGACUGAGGGAGUGAGCCUCCUGCUCUGGGGAUGUUUGAGGAGACACUGGAGGACCAGAGGUGUGAAGAGGGCCCCUGCUUAGCUUCAUGGGUGGCCUAGAAUCAGUCCUUGCCAUUGCUCGAGCAUCUACUGUGUGCUCCCUCCCUUCCACCUUCGUGCUGGAGACUCACCACACAUGUCCCCCAAACACAGGAUUUUGGACCUCACAAAUGGUGGGGCUGACCCAAGCUAGUCUGGGGCAGACUCAGGUCUUUUUUCUGCUCAGAAUGCUUUGGGGGAAACCAGGGAUUGGGGAUGGUGGUGGUCUCAGGCCCAUGGGCUGCCUGCUGCUAGUCACCCUCUGAAGUUAUCUCCCAGGGCCUGCCUUUCAGAGUCCUGAGUGUGUUCUGGUGCUCUGGACCCUCCAGCUGUCAGCCAUACAGUCCUCACCUAUUCGAAACCUGAGAAGUCAACACAUCCCUCCUCCACUUCCCCUUCAACUGUGUGCAUACUGGGACUUCCCAGUCAUCUCUGGGUGUUUCCCAAACAGAAGGCUGCCCUGGCUCUCAUACCCCAGACCUCUCACUCUUGGCUGCCUCUGUCUCUGAUGUUAUGUUAGUCCCCAGGCCCUCACCUUCUUUCUUGGUAAUGGCUCCAACCCAUGCCCAUGGCUCCUUCCCACUGCCAUCACCGGGCCUCCAGACCUGGCUUCCCUGGGGGUCCUGCCACCUACCUUCCACUCCCUGCUUGGCCUUUCUACUCUCUGCUGAGUUCUGAGACCAGGGCCAGUUACAGUUUAAAAAAAAAUUGAAGUAUAACACAUAUGGUAAAGUGCACACAUCUUAAGUGUACAGCGUGAUGGAUUUUUUUUUUUUUUGAGACAGGGUCUGUCUCUGUCACCCAGGCUAGAGUGUAGUGGUGCAAUCACUGCUCGCUGCAACCCAGCCUCGACCUCCUGGGCUCAGGUGAUCUUCCCAUCUCAGCCUCCUGAGUAGCUAGGAUACAAGAUUGUGCCACCAUGCCCAGUUAAUUUUUGUAGAGACGGGGUUUUGUCAUGUUACCCAGGCUGGUCUCGAACUUCUGGGCUCAAGAGAUCUGCCCACCUCAGCCUCCCAAAGUGCUGGAAUUACAGGUGAGAGCCACCACACCUGGCUGGCCUGCGUGAUGGAUUUUUAGAGGUGCACACACCUGUGAACCACCACCCAGAUCAAGCUCGAGAACUUUUUUAGGCCCAUUCUCCCAAAAAGCUCCGUCCUCUAGGCUCCCACAGCUUUACUGUGGGAUACUUGGCAGAUAAUUGCCUUACAUUCCAACUAGCUGGAGGGCCGGGACCCCUCCUGUUUGCUGUUUUUGUUUCACCCUGCCAACCUAGCAUGGUGCAGUACUCGUAGGAAGUGCCCCUGAGGCCCAUUAGAUGGAGGGGUUUAGAGUUCGCUCAGAGUGUUCCAGAAUCUGUGCCCAGUUGUCCCUCAGAAAUGUGGGAGAGGUGACAGAGAUGGAGGAUGAGGUCACCAGAGCGCACAGGAUCCCUGAGCACCCAGUGUGCUGGUUCUGCUCAGGUGACCUGCCACCCCAGGGAUGAUAUGCACAGGGCUGGAGGCGGACGUUCUCAGCAGAGGGCUCAGGAGUGUGGAACUCCUUGUAUGGAUGCCCUGCCCAAUGGACACAGGCUGCAGCAUAGCUCUGCCCAAACUCCCAUCCCAGACCCAGAGACACCUGUCUUGAGUGCCCACCAUGGCAGGCUCAGAGAUCUGAAGGAAUAGGGCCAGGCUGUGCUUAGGGGAGCCUUUGAAGUCAGGUGCCUGGUGCAGAAUGCUCUGGGAGAGGUCAGAAUGCAUAGCUUCUCACCUGGAGGGUAAGACCUUCUUGGCUGGCUUCCCCCUUUCCCUGGAACCUGUCCCUUCCCUCUCCUUGGUGCAGGGCCCAGCGAGGGAGAUGAUACCACCAAAGGAACAGAGUCUUAGCCUAGACUUGAGCAGCAAGAUGGGGAUGGCAGGUGGCUGGAGGUGGGUGGGAAAGCAGGGCAGCAUGGGUGUAUGGAGCAUAAAGUCCAACAGCUGUCUUGGAGAGCUAGGUCUCCAGGCUGCCAGAAGACUAGAAGAUGCUUCCUUUGCUCUAAGGCACAACCCUCCAGAUCUUUGAGGAGGAGAGAAAGAGCCCUUUUCUGGGGUCCAGAUCCCAGUUGUCACUGGGAGGGUUUCCCUUGGGUGGACUCUUGAGUCCUGGAGACCAUAUUGUUCCUGUCUCCUCUUUGACUGUAGUAAAUAGGGGUCUCACACCAGGCUUGGGGCUGCUAGGUAAAUCUUUGUUUUUACGUCACAUCUGCUAUUUCAGUGAUCAAUGCAGGCCUUGGAUCCCAGACACCAACAUAUGUCUUCUUAACCACUUGCUUAAGGCAGCAUGGUGGCAAAGUCUUAUUAUCAGAGAUGGUCUGUCCCUCCAUGAUUGGUAGAGGCAUGGCCUUGAGCAUAUGAGGCCAAAGAGGGAGGGAAAAAGAAGGAAGAGAAAUGAACAUCAAUGGUCAAUGCAGGUGGUAAGUACCUUAGAUCAACUGAAGUACCUUAGAUCAACUUCUGGAAAGGGAAGGCUGACAAGUUAACAUUUCUGGAGUGUCUAUUCUUUGACAAGUGCUUGCUUGCUCUUGUGUGAUCCACAGGAUGUCUUACUAUCUUCAUUUUACUGAGAAGGAAAUUGAUGCUCAGGGGAGUUAUCCAAUCAGAAUAAAAAAGCAGGCAGAUAUGGAGCUGGAUUUUGAGCCAGGUGUAUCCAACUCCAAGGCUGGCUCUUUCUCCUCCAUGGAAUGUACUCUCUAGGGGCCAUAAGCAUGCUUUCUUGGCGAGAUGUCCUGUCCCACACCAAGGAGCCCCUCUCCAGAGACUUUUUUUGAGAUGGGGGUCUGGCUAUGUUGCCCAGGCUGGUCUUGAACUCCUGGCCUCAAGUGAUCCUCCCACCUUAGCCUCCUGAGUAGCUGUGAUUACAAGCAUGAACCAUCAUGCUCAGCUUCUCUAAAGAUUUGAGGGAAGCUCCAAAUAUGUAAGAGAGAGGCCAAAACAGCAGAACAAAUGGAACUCAGAGGAAACAAAGAUGAUGCAAAGAGCAGAAGAAAAUGUUGAAGAAACUGCAGUUGAUCAUCUGAGAGAGACUGGAAGAUAUAUGGCAUCCACAAAACAGGAACUGGAUGCUAUGGAAGGGGGAGCACUCAGAGAACAAGAAUUUAAAAUGUGAGAGAGUGGUAGAAAGAUAAAAUCAAGGAAACCUUUCAGAAAGUUACGCAGAAAGACUCAGAGAUGAACAACAGGAUACAAAAAAUAAGAAAAUUAGAUCAAUCUGAGAUUCAACAUCUGACUGAUUCAACUUCCUGAAAAAGAGGACAGAGAUAAUAGGGGAUAAAGAGUUAAAAACACAAUAAACAUUUUCGGAAAUGACAGAAGUGCUUAAUUGAGAGUCUACUGAGUGCCUAGCAAAAUGAAUGUAUAUAAAACAAAGCAAAAUCUGUCACCAAGGCUCAUCAUUGUGAAAUCUUAGAACACUAGGAUUAAAGAGAAGAUUUUAGGGAGAGGACAUCUGGAAUGCUGGCAGGAGGAGCUCUGCAGACAAAACAACCAUAACUGAUGAAAAAUAAUUUUAAAAACAACCAUUCACAUUCUCUGGAAUUUUUCUUAAGGCCAUAUGGCAAAUAAACAUUUAUUGGCCAGAUGCAGUGGCUCAUACCUGUAAUCUCAGCAAUUUGGGAGGCCAAAGUGGGAGGAUCACUUGAGGCCAGGAGUUUAAGACCAACCUGGGCAACAAAGUGAGACCCCAUCUCAAAAAAAAAAAAUUAGCCAGACAUGGUGGCACAUACCUGUGGUCCCAGCUACACGGGAGGCUGAGGCAGGAGGAUUGCUUGAGCCCAGGAGGUCGAGGCUGGAGUAAGCCAUAUUCGUGCCACUACACUCCAGCCUGGGCAACAGAGCAAAGGGGCUUGAAUUUAAUUUGAUCAGACUGUGGAGAAAUUUAUGCCCAAGUGAUUAUAAAACAAUAGAGGAACCAGUCAGCAGUUAGUAGAGACUAACAGUUGUGUGAUACUAAUAUACAGGUUAACAGAAAGCUCAAGAGCAGACACAAAGAAAGCCAUCUUAAAGCCAUUGUCAUUCCAGGGUGACAGUACACACGCACAAGGCUGUGGCUUCUUAGGCAUGACGUCAGAAACUGCACACAGCCGGGAAAUAAACUUCCCUAAAAUAGUCCAGCCAGCCCACUAAAUAAAUAAGCAAACAACAAAAACAAGAAGCUGUGUGCAUGUGGCAGAGGGGUAGUGGUUAGUAUCCAGAGUUGCUACAAUUUAUUAUCUGAAACAUUAAUAUAUUUUAUUUUAUUU